UCCACGCCUCUCCUCCAUUCCCUCUGUUUUUCCAAAAGGAGGGCCUUAUCUAACGUCUCCCAAGCUCUCGCCUGCAAUUCAAGAAUCACAUCACAUUAUUGCAAUUGCCUUGCAUUAAUAUAAAAAACCAAAUGUACGGAUACGGAUAGGGCUAUUAUUUCUGCUGGUGUUACUAAGAAGAGGUAUCAAUAGUCAAAGUCAUAUUUCUUCAGAAAAGUUGCUGACGGAGGAUCUGGUGAUGAGCGUAUGGCCAAGGGCGGUGCAAGCCCUUAGGGCCCUCGCCAUUGCAGCGCAUGCGGUUGCCCUGGAACCCAGCUAAGUAGAAGGGCCCAUCUAAAAAGCCCAACCCUCUAUCCUCUAGAAACAAAAACAAAGCGAGAAAGAGCAUCUAAGCGGCAAAGGGCCCUGCAGCAGGCACCUGCACGAAGAGAACCGGAAAACAACAUGUUCAAUCUCAACAGAACCAUUGCCACUCCCAAACUAUGGAACAAAAAGAAAUCCCUACAGCAGCAACAACCACGUAGAUCGCCAUUCUUUUUCCUCUCACUAUCUCUCCUUUCUGUCCUCGUUUUCUUCUUCCUCACUUACACUUCCAUCCCCAAAUCCCUCUUCUCAACCUCUUCCAAGACCGUAAACGCAGCCCUCUCCCCCCAAUACCCACAUUGCAGAACUCAAAUUCCAGAGGAGAAAUUCAUGUGGUAUGCGCCUCAUAGUGGGUUCAGUAACCAGCUUUCUGAGUUCAAAAAUGCAAUUCUAAUGGCGGGUAUUUUGAACCGUACCUUAAUCGUCCCUCCCAUUCUUGAUCACCAUGCCGUAGUUCUUGGUAGCUGCCCUAAAUUUAGGGUUCAGAGUGCUAAAGAGAUCCGGCUUGCUGUUUGGGAUCAUAUCAUUGAGCUCAUUAGAAGUAAGAGGUAUGUCUCCAUGGCUGAUAUCAUUGAUAUUUCUUCAAUACUGUCAUCUUCACUUGUUCGAGCCAUAGAUUUUAGGGUUUUUGUGUCCUUGUGGUGUGGUUUGAACAUGGAUUUGGUUUGCUCGAAUGAAUUGAAUGCACAGCAGUCUAUGACUGAUAGCCUAAGGCAAUGUGGCUCUCUGCUAUCUGGGAUUGAUAAUAAUAUAGAUCGAUGUUUGUUUGCUGUAGAUGAAGAUUGUAGAACAACAGUUUGGACAUACCAAAAUGAUGAAGUUGAUGGGGUAUUAGAUUCGUUUCAACCUGAUGAACAACUCAAGAAGAAAAAGAAAAUUUCGUAUGUUAGAAGACGCAGAAAUGUAUACAAGACUCUUGGGCCUGGUAGUGAAGCUGAAUCAGCAACUGUUCUGGCAUUUGGAAGCCUUUUUACAGCCCCAUAUAAAGGUUCAGAGCUCUAUAUCGAUAUCCAAAAAGCACCAGGAGAUCUGAAGAUAAAAUCUUUAAAUAAAAAGAUUGAAUUUCUUCCAUUUGUCCCUGAAAUUAUAAGCUCAGGAAAACAGUUUGCUAUGCAGUCCAUAAAGGCUCCUUUUCUCUGUGCACAGCUUAGGCUGCUAGAUGGGCAGUUUAAGAACCACUGGAAAGCUACUUUUUUGAGUUUAAAACAAAAAUUAGAUUCAUUAAGGCAGGCAGGUUCUCGACCAAUUCAUAUAUUUGUGAUGACUGAUCUCCCUCAAGGUAAUUGGACUGGAAGUUACUUGGGUGAUUUGGCUAGGGAUUCAGCCAAUUUUAAGCUGUAUUUUCUGAGAGAAGAAGAUUUGUUUGUGAUGAAAACGGCAAAGAAACUAGCACUUGCAGGACAUGGCUUGAGGUUUGAAUCUGUUCCUGCAAGUUUGGAUGCAAUGGCUAAGUUGGAGAAGCAUUGCUCUCCUGAUAUAGUACCUGAUGUACUCCUAUAUAUAGAGGAAACAGUUUGCAGUUGUGCUUCACUUGGUUUUGUUCGGACUGCUGGGUCUACAAUAGCAGAGACUAUUGAGGUUAUGAGAAAAUAUGGGUCAUGUUCGAUUCCAACUCCAACAGCUUGGUGACGUGUAUUCAUUUAUAAUUUACUUGAUAGAAUUUCAGUGGUUCAGUUCUUGGGAAGCAUGCCCCACGUGUGCUCUUGAUCUCCAACUAUAAAAGCUUAACAAAGAGCUCUCAGUCAGACACAAUGACUAUUUCUGCAAUCGAGUGUUUUCUUCUUUUAUUUCUUGAUGAUCCAACUGAUAUUCAAGGAGCUUCUGUUUAAUGGCACUCAAUGUCAUGUAAAUGGAAGAAGUUGGCUCUCUGCUGCACCAGAGCAUUCAAGAUUGUUGUUUCUGAAAGGAAAAUAUUCAUCACUUCCAAAAGCAAAAUGGUUGUAGUGUUUUCGUGAAAGUAAUGAAUCAUAAAUUAGGAGAUGGAGUGUA